AUGAAACUACUAUUCGUUUUAGUUUUUCUCAUUGGGGCGAACGUUUGCUCUGCUGAGCAUUGCGGUGGAAGUAUUUCUGAUAUCUGGCUCGAUGUAGUCGUUGUUGUGGAUAACUCUCAACGAGUGAAUAAACGUUCUUUUGUGUCAAGUACACGAGAUAGCAUCAACAACAUCUUUCGAGAAGCCUCUAUUCCACGCACUCGAGUUGGAUUUGUAACUUAUAACUCUCAAGCUACCACUAAUGCGGAUCUCAACAAGUUUAAAUCAUAUGGUGAUCUCCAGCAGGGAGUAUAUAACAGCUAUAAUGACAUGAACUUAUCUCCCGAAAAAACACCAUAUAUCGGUACCGGAUUGAUAGCAGCUGGAGAGCUUCUACAAAUUCAGGGAAGCGCUGAUGGAAAUGUUAACAAACCCAAAGUGAUAAUCGUAUAUGCUACUGCAUUGAAUGGAACCGGUUUAUUGGAUCCAUUAUCGGUCGCAAACACAUUAAAAUCAGCCGGGAUUACUAUCAUCACAAUCGCAGUGGACACAGACGACAAUGGUGUCAUAGAAAAACAACUUGCCCCGCUUGCAAGUCUUGGUGCUGCGUUUGGGUCCAACUACAAAAUUGGGGAUAUACAGUCAGUUAUGAUACUACUCAAUUGCUUCUGCCCACCUGGUUGGACACAACGCCAGGAGGAAUCAUACUUCGGCGGGAUUCAAAAAUAUACUACCUGUUUCCAAUUCUUUGGUGCGCCUACUUCCUGGAAUACAGCCUACCAGGGCUGCUCUAACCUUUGGCCUGGCAGCUCUUACCUUGCGAUGGAAGACGAUGAUAACAAAAAGCAAUACAUUCAAGGGUCUGCUAGAAACAACUCUGCAUUCCAGCAAACCCCAUUGCAGUAUCACAUUGGAUUAUAUAUGAGCCAAGGGAAGUGGUUUUGGAAUACACCAUAUUCACAACCAGCACUAAAUUGGAGUAACUGGAUGCGUAAUUACCCAUUGGUUUCUUCUUCCAUGACUGCUGCCAUGAACGUGCAAAAUGAUACUGAUUACGGAUGGGAAAACAUUGAUCCUUGGAAAGUUGCUGCCGGUUACGUAUGUGAAGCUGUUGCAUGCAGUCCUAGAAACUAUUGCGAUGCAUACUGGAAUAAUCGUCAUAUCAGCUAG